AUGGAACAUUCACGUGAUAGGGCUGCUGGGGGAUCUAUAAAUAGUCCUCCAUGGUUCGAAGGUGGAUGUGAAAAAUAUACUCAAUGGAAGAUUUACAUGAAGUCAUACCUCUAUGCUCAAGAUGAACACGUGUGGAACAUCGUAGAAAAUGGCUGGAAUGUACCUAUGGCAAAAGCAAAAGAAGAAGGCUCUUCCACUGCCACUCCCAAACCAAGGAAGGACUGGACUGAGGAAGAAGUUCGUGACUUGCAAGCAGAUUUCAAGGCUAAGAACAGCAUCUUCACAGCCCUAUCGGAGCGAGAAAAACUGAGGAUAAGUCAUUGUGAUACUGCCAAGCAGGCAUGGGAUCUCCUACAGACUACCUACGAAGGAAAUAAAAAGGUACGUGCACAGAAACUGCAAGCACUGAUUUUUGAAUUCGAAACCAUGACCAUGGCAGAUGAUGAAACCGUGGACGACUUCCAUGGUAGAAUUCUUAAGAUUUCCGGUCAGUGUCGCAGUCUAGGAGCACCUUUUGAUGAAGAUAAAAUAGUCAAAAAGAUACUCAGGGCUCUGCCAGAAAAAUUUCACUCAAAAGUCACUAGCAUAGAGGACUCUUUUGAUAUAGAUGAUUAUCCACUUGAUGAGCUCAUCGGAAAUUUGAAAACCUAUGAGAUGAGGUUAAAACCUGAGAAGAAAAACAAGGGUGUAGCUUUCAAAGCUGUGAAAGAAAUUGAAGAGGAAGAAGAAUCGCUGGACCUAGCUCUACUGACAAAGGAAUUCAAAAAAUUUCUCAAAAGCAAGAACUCCUCUAAAAACGCAAGUGCUCCCAGAAGGAAUAACUAUACUGGCAGUGGUAGCAACAAUGACUACAAUGGUAAGAGUGGAAGAGGAAGCUUCAAAGGAAAUCAAUCAGGAAAACCAAAGUGCUAUGAAUGUGGUGGUUUUGGUCAUAUAUCUACUGACUGUGGAAAUAGGAAGCUUGGAAACAGCAACAACAAGUCUCUCCUUUCAACUUGGAGUGAUGAUGAAUCUCAAGAAAUUGAAAAUGUGGCCCUUGUAUCAUCACUGUUGCCUGAUUCUGAAAGUGACAAGUAUUUCUCUGAUGAUGAUGAAACAAAUGUCCGCUGCAAACAACUCUACAAAGCUUCAAAGGCUACUCUGAUUAGAAACUUGAGCUUGGAAAAAGAAGUAGACUUCCUGAGAACUGAAAAAGAAAAGGUGGAGCAUCUAUUCGAAUCCUCACAAUCUGCAUGGAAGUUGGAGAAAAGCAAAUUCUUGAGUGAAUCAGCAGAUCCACAAAGUGACCAAGAGAUACUGACGUGGAAGACUGAAAAGAAUGAGUUUCUCAACAGGAUCAAACUACUAGAGCUGGAUGUUAAAGGACAAAGAGCCUUGAACUUGGAAUUGUUGGCGAAAAAUGAGUCUCUUCAACACGAGUUAAAAUUAACUCAAGAAAUAUACAUCAAGUUCAAUAUCAGUUCCACUUCCAUGUCCAAGUUGCUCGGAUCAGGAAAAGCUCCUCAUGAUACAUGUGGGCUAGGAUACACUGGAGAAAAUUCCAAAAGCACCAAUUUCGUACGAGCCUCAAAACCAUCUGUAGAGCAGAAAGAUGUCUCCAUUGAUGAUCAUGUCAAUAAUAUAAAGGAAGGUAAUUCAAACCAACACCUUCAGGUAAAACUUGACCAAGAAUCCCCCACUGGUCAACCCAGGUACGCAAACCCUAGAACCUUUAUUCCUACUUGUCAUCACUGUGGUAAGAUUGGCCAUAUCAGACCUAGAUGUAAUGAACGGUUUUCAAACUUAAAAUUCUCUCAAGAAAAAUGUACUGUUGAAACCCUACAGGUUGAGCUUAAAGAACAAAAGGAACUUAUUAACAAAUUAACUGAAAUUGUUUCUAAGAAGAAUCCUCAAGCUGAAAGAAGAAAAGAUGUCUGGACCAGAAAAAUUGAAAGCAAAAAUCAUAGGUCCCUUGUUAAUGAAACUGAUGAUACAUGUCUUUUUGUUUGUGCUAGCCAAACUCAUCAACGCUCUCACAUUGAGGCAACUUGUUUAGUAGCUUUAACUGCAUUAGCAGACAAGCGACGAGAUUUUUGGUAUGUAGACAGUGGUUGCUCAAGACACAUGACUGGAGACAAAACCUGGUUUACUUCAUUUGAGGAUGAAAAUACCACUGGAUCAGUCACGUUUGGAGAUGGGAGGAAAGCUAACAUUCUAGCUCGAGGUACAGUAAACACUCCAGGUAUACCUAACCUUAAAAAUGUGUUAUUCGUUGAAGGAUUAACUGCAAAUCUGAUUAGCGUCAGCCAUUUGGCUGACGACUAUGAAGAUGUCUGGUUUAACAAACAGAGAUGUUUGGUCCUAAAUCAGAAAGGAGAAAGUAUCAUGGGAGGUAAGAGAUCUGUCGAUAACUGUUACCACAUUCAAGCUAAUGAAUCUUCUAGUUUGCAGUCUUGUUUGUCUGUUAAAUCCACAGAGGAAACCUUUGAAAUUUGGCACAGAUAG